UAUCUACCCUAACAAUGCAGUGCAGCACACUGCACACGGGUGGCUACUGGUACAAAACUAACAUUUUGUCACAUACCUGCAGCAAACACCUCCAUUAAUAGUUGGAGUUCUUCAAGUCCCAAGUCCCAACUCCUUGCAACCAAACCUCAUUAUCAGUUGCAAAAUCCCAGUCCCAAUAAGAGAGCCUCCUCAUUCCUCAAGAUGCAUGCUUCUACAUAGGCAGCAGAAGGAAGACAGUGGUGUUGUUGGUUUGGUUGCCAUGGUUGCUGAGAUGGGAGAAGCUGUAGAAGCAGAGGUGCCAGGAGCAGCCGGCCAUGGUGAGGCACUCAAGGUACUCGAGUCCUUGGCAUCGUCUUCCCUGACCUGCUCCAUCCCACAGUUCCCAGCUAAGUGGCAAUCCGUCAAGGCCAAGCUCCAGCAGCUCUGCUCCGGCCUGAAUUCUCUGCGUGGCGGCGGUUUCGGCACCAUCGUCGACGGCGAAGAUGAUGUGCUGGUUCAGUUUCUGCAGUCGGCUUCAGACACCGUGAGCAGCAUCCAAGCUGUUGCCACCCAGUGCAGCGAGGGGUCGUACAAGGGCGGGAGGCUUCGCCUGAGGAGCGACAUGGACAGCCUGAGCUCCAAGCUGGAGGCACACGUGAAGCAGCUCAAGGAGAUGGUCUCCUUCGGCACGCCAUCGCCACUGUCGCAGGCCAUCGUCGCCGUGAGACCCGGCAUCCACGCCGGCAUCGGCGAGAAGACCUUCUUCCUGAAAGACCUCUUCUCCAGGAUCAGGAUCGGUGGCCCUGUCCAAAGAAUCCAGGCGCUGGCCACCAUCGGCGAGCUCAUGUCGGAAGACGAAGCCUGCGUGAGAGUCGUGGCUCUCGACGUCGACGACGGUGUCACUGUGCUCGCCGGCUUCCUCGAGUCGAGAGACGCGCGCGUCCAGGAAGAGGCCGUGGGCGCCGUCGCCAUUGUUGCAAGCUCCGACACCUACAGGGGAAUGCUGGUCAAGGCCGGCGUGAUUGCGCCGCUCGUCCAGCUGCUGGAGAACUCUGACACUAUGGUUGCCAGGGAGAGAGCGGCUCAGGCGCUGAGGGAGCUGACGGAGAACUCCGACAACGUGUGGGCCGUGUGCGCGCACGGCGGCGUCACGACGCUGCUCCAUGCCUGCUCCGAUGCCGGCAGCAGCGGCAGACUGCUCUGCUCGUCGUUCGCGGUGCUGAGGAACCUGAGCAGGGUGGAAGAAGUGAAGAUGUUCAUGGUGGAGCAAGGUGUGGUCACUGAGCUGGUGAAGCUCUCUCAGAAGAAGGAAGAAGCCCGCAAGCUCGGCGCCGUCGAGCUGCUCCAUUCCAUGGCUCUGGAUGAUGCCGACGUCCGGGAAGAAGCGAUCGGCAUGGGGGUGAUCCAGUCACUGCUCCAGCUGAUAUACCCUGACCUUCCUUAUUCUUAUAAGGCCAGGGAGGUUGCUCUUGCAGCCAUCUGGUUCUUCUGCUUCUCAUCUGUCAACUCCAUGGAUGAUCUCCUCAGCUCAGAUGUCCUUGGCUGGCUUCUCUUCUACCUCAACAAUGGCGACUACACCAUCCUCGAGUGCACACUCAAGAUCCUGAGGCAUCUCUCCGAGGUUUCUGAGGAGUACAGCAGGAUGAUGGGCAGGACAGGGUAUUUCUGUGCCCUCACAAGCUUGCUUGGAGCGAAAUCUUUUCGAGUCCGAGAGAUGGCAGUUCAAGUGCUUUACAGCUUGCUGUUGCUUCAUCCCAAUCGCGCCAUUUUCAUCCAAGACGGCGAUAAUUUGGACAGGCUGCUGCAGCUGCUUGACCCUGCAGAGGGCAAGUUGAUGGCAAAGGGCCUGAUCCUUUCUGCUAUCAUGUCCUUGGCAGACACCACCAGUGGUAGGAAGAAGAUCGUGUCGUCAGAGCAUUUCAGUAACCUGAAAGAGCUGGCAGAUUGCGGGGACUUUGAUGCAAAGAAGGUCGUUAAGAAGCUAGCCAAUAACAGAUUGCAGACAAUGUUCAGCAGAAUAUGGAGUGCUUAAGUUAUUUUCUGACUCCCUUCUUUCCUCAGAUGUCUUUGCUCUGCUUUACUAAACACCCCCUUGAUAGCUUUAGUAUAUUUGAUUUGCUGUCUAUAGUUCUUCCUAAAUUUUCUUGUCAUAUUUGUAAUUCCUUUAUAUUGUAUAUUGCAACUUCAGUGAAAGUUAAGCUUUGUCUCAACC